GUGUGUAGUAUGUACUAUGUAUGUGUGUCCACUGUCCGCGUCCGUCCCGCUAGGCUAGCAUGCAUUGAUUGCUUCAUUUACAGAUAUGCUAGGCAUGUAGGUAAUGUUGUUCACUGGUAUAAUAGCCGUGUUUUAUCUAUCCGCUACUUUACUUUUGCCCUACACAAGAAAUAUACCCUCCGCAUCCGAUCACUUACGGAGACCAAAAAAAGAAAUGCACACUAGAAAUUAUAAUAUUAAUAAUGAUAAUAAUAGUGCCUAGUAGAAAAGAAAAAUAAAAAGAGAAAUGGAAAUAAGACCCUCGGGAUUCGAAGAUGCAUAUGGUAAGGUGGCUCGGCUGUUGAAGUUAAGGGGUGAAUGACUGACUAAAUGGAUGGAUGGAUGAGUGAGAGGCAAUAGUCUAUCCGUUGUGUUGCCUUUUUCGUUUAACGACGACGAUACUGCUGAUGACGUUAGUCGCUCGCAGGGCUGUCUAAUGAUAUUCUCGCAUCUGGUUUCCUAUGCGCCACGCUGGUCGGUCUGCAGUCCGUCCGCGGCUCAGCAAUAGUGAGUUGUAUCGGUCCAAACCGGCUGCGUUAUAGAUAGGACACUGCAUGCCUAGUACAUACAUACAACAUACCCUAAACCUACAUAUCAUAUGUAUCGUGCAUCAGGUUGGGUAUAGGUGAGUUAGCUAGCUGACCGCACAUUUUCUCGUUGUGCUGGCCAAUGCCGGCAUUUCUCCCCAGACCGCUUACCCAAACCAAGACACAACUCUCGUAUAGGAUACCUUAGGUAGGUAGGAGGGGGCCUAUGUAGGUAGGGACCUUCGAAUUGUGUGCGUCUGUCUCAAUCUUGCUAACAUCUUGCUUGCCUUCGGUGUUUGAUUUUCUGCCUAGGUAAUAGCGUAACGGAUGCGUUGCGUGAGAAACCCCAAAGAAUUCCCCAGCGGAAGCUACCCUAGGAAGAUCUCGUAAUCAGGAGUACAUACAUACAUACCUAGGUUAGCCUGGUUAGGUAGGAGAAGGAGAAAGAAGGAGUAGGUAGGAGGACCGUUUUGCGAUCCUGACUCAGACGCAUCGCAACACAACUCUUACAUGUUGACACCAUAAUCCAACCCUACGUCCGUAGCAACAGGAACAAUCAAGAAACAAUAUAAUCCAACAAAAAGACGAGAGCGAGACAGAUACAGAUAAAGAAUAGAAGAUGGUUGCUUACUCCCUAUUCCUAUGUACAGACAACGUAAUCCGGGAUCGGGUUUUGAAUAGUACUACAUACCACAUACCUAUGCACUUACCUACUUACCUAGGUAAGUAUUGCUUACGAAUAUGACCUCUUUCUCCGUGGAUGAAGGUAGGAAAUGUAUGUGUCUGCUAUCAUUUCGGGAUCAUGUUGUUGGUGAGCUUCCCCAUUUCACGAUCAUAUCCGGUUGCGGCUGUGGUGUGUCGGUGUUGGGCAUCGCACACCAUUUUUUUUUUUUUUUUUACCACCUGGGCAUUCCACCUUACUGUUACAUGACGUAUGGCCUAUGGAGCUCUAUGUAUGUAUGUAGGUGUAUAUCAACCUCCCGUCUCCAUUAUGUGGUACAGCAACAUGUUCUACCCAUAUACCUACCCACGUUAAUAAUGGUUCCAAUUGUCGGGACCGCACCUCGAUAGGCAGGCCACAUGUGUACAUAGGUGCUAGAUAGAAAUACGUAGACUGGACGGACGCGCACACGCAAUAAUGCAUGUUACCGGCUUCAGCUUUAUUAAGGUUCUCCUACCAGAAGCCAACGUUGAAGGUAACAAGCGUAACAAGCGUUGCAAAACAAACAUCUUUGAAGGGUUUCGAUAUAAAUGCAUAGCAUAUAAUAUCUACACCCAGAUAUAGGGUAUGUAGGUACUAUUCUAGUAUCAAGCUGUGGUAGGGUUACAGCGGCAAAAAAAUGUUCUAGAAAGAAAUUCGCACGACCUUCGGGGCCCACGUUGACCGCUUCGUAUUUAC